AUGGCUCUCGUCCUGGCGCUGCUGCCCGCGGCCGCCGCGCAGGAGGCGGCGGGAGCUUGUCACCAGUAUACAAACAGGAGCUGUGAAGAAUGUCUGAAAAAUGUCACCUGCCUGUGGUGCGUCAGCAGCCAGGAGUGUGCGGAGUACCCUGUCCGCAGGAUCCUUCCCCCGAGUGACCUGUGUGAGCUGCGCUCGGCCCGCUGGGGAGUCUGCUGGGUGAACUUUGAAGCCCUGAUCAUUGCGAUGUCUGUGGUGGGAGGAAUCAUCCUGAUUAUGCUGGGUGUCUGCUGCUGCUGCUGUUGUCGGAAAAAGAGCAAAAAGCCCGACAAGGAUGAUGAAAGAGCGGCCAGGGAGCGAGAGAAGAGGAGGGUGCGACAAGAGGAGAGGAGAGCAGAGAUGAAAUCAAGACAUGAUGAAAUCCGAAGAAAAUAUGGCCUGUUCAAGGAAGAGAACCCUUAUGCAAAAUUUGAGAACUAACAGCAUCUCCUGAUCUGCCCAGCACAGCUGAACAGUGCCCUCCUGCACAGAGCCACAAGGACUCUGCACCUGCCAAAAGGAAAUCGCUGUGAUGCCACUUUUUGCUUCACUUGCCACGAAAGAGGGGCCAAAUGCCCCCAAAGAUGGGUCAAAUGCUCAACAACACUGUUUUCCCCCCUACUCUGGAAACUCGGUUUGUUCCACUGCUUUGCUGUAGCAGCAAGACCAAACUGCAAAAAAAGAGCCAGGGUAGCUUUCUCACUGCAGUGCCUGGAGCACCUUCUGAAGCCUUCAGCAGGAAAAUUUGGUGGCCUUAUGGGAGACCUAAACACGUGAACACUUCUCAUUUACCCUGGGUUGCUAGUUGAGUCCAAAGCAGUGCAAAUAACCGUCCUUAUCCCUUGCACAAGGGCAGAUGCCACCUUGGGCAGCUUCCUUGCCCCUUCCUCACUAAGUAUUUGUUUCACACUGAAUGAGACUAUUGUCUCCCUCUUUUCCUUUUUUUUUUCUUUUCUUUUUUUUUUUGUCUUCUCCUCCUCCCUUAGUCUAGGCAAAAGCUCUGAAGGGUUAUUUGACCUGUUGGUCAGAACAAGGCCUUAGCUGUCACUCCAAGUGCCUGUACUUCUCUGUGCACACUUGCAUUCCUUUCCAAAGCGCACACACUUGUGAUUACCUUGCACACCUUCACUUAGAGCUAAUCUGGGGAAACUCUACAACUCUUCUACCUCUGUGUGCCUUGCUAGACCUUCUCCUGGGCUUCUGACAGCCAAGGCCGACAGCAAUACUGUAGGAUUCAGACACAAUUGCAAUAUGUUGGCUAUAUGUAUUAAAUCUGUUUUGAUUACUA